GCGUCACGUGACUCUGUGCAGCCGCUCAUUAAAGAGGACACAAGCUGACUUUAAACAGCAGCAGCAGCAGCCAAGGACACCAUGAACACAAUAUUCUCCUUCUUGGUGCCUUUGCUGCUCGGCUCGUUGGUCUCCGGCGGGUUCCUCGAAUAUGACCAAAAUGUCAUACUCCCUCAGGACUGGACCGAAGCAGGUAGGGUGGAUCCUUCAGAGCAGCUGGAGUUGACCUUUGCCCUGAAGCAGCAGAACGUCGACCUUCUGGAGGAAACGCUCAGACGGGUGUCGGACCCCGACUCGCCUCAAUAUGGAAAACACCUGAGUCUGCAGGAAGUCUCCUCUCUGGUUCGUCCGUCUGCGAUGACCCAGAAGGUGGUGCAUCGCUGGCUGCAGACUCACGGGAUUUCAAACUGCCGGACGGUUCGCACUCAGGACUUUUUACAGUGCACCAUGACUGCAGAGGUUGCAGAGGCUCUUCUUCCAGGAAGUAGAUUUCACCGUUACGUCAGAGACGAUCUCUCCAUCGUGAGAUCUUCCAGUCCGUAUUCAGUCCACGAUGAGAUUCACCAACAUCUAGAUUUUGUCGGAGGCCUUCAUCGUGUCCCGCCUCGAGGACAGGACGCUAACAGGAAGCGGCCGCGCUCCAAGGCAGGGGCUCACCUCGGCGUGACGCCAGCCGUCCUGAGAACUCGCUACAACCUGACGGCGACUGACGUGGGAUCAGCUGUGAACAACAGCCAGGCCGUCGCUCAGUUUCUGGAGCAGUACUAUCACCCAGCCGACCUGGCCGAGUUCAUGCUGAUGUUCGGCGGGACCUUCCAGCACCGCUCCGAGGUGGACCGGGUCGUCGGGACCCAGGGAGGCGGGAAAGCGGGCCUGGAGGCCAGCCUGGACGUGGAGUACAUCAUGAGCACCGGAGCAAACGUUUCCACCUGGGUCUUCACCAACCCAGGUCGACAUGAGACCCAGGAACCUUUCCUCCAGUGGAUGGUCCUGCUCAGCAACAUGUCUGACCUGCCCUGGGUUCACACCAUCAGCUACGGCGACGACGAGGACAGCCUGUCCGCAGCCUACAUGACGCGCAUCAACACGGAGUUUAUGAAGGCCGGGGUCAGAGGUCUUUCUCUGCUCUUUGCCUCGGGUGACAGCGGCGCUGGAUGCAGACAUCUGGGGAAAGAAAACACCUUCAGGCCCAGUUUUCCUGCCUCCAGCCCCUAUGUGACCACAGUUGGAGGAACUACCUUUAAAAACCCGUUUAAAGUAACUUAUGAAGUCGCACAUUACAUCAGUGGAGGAGGAUUCAGCAACAUCUUCAAGAUGCCUGACUACCAGAUCAGCGCGGUGGAGGGUUACCUGAAGAGCGUGAAGGCGACUCUUCCUCCUCAGUCGUACUUCAAUACGAGCGGCAGGGCCUACCCGGACAUGGCUGCCCUGUCUGAUAACUACUGGGUGGUCAGCAACAGAGUGCCCAUCCCCUGGGUGUCCGGAACCUCGGCGUCGACUCCUGUGGUUGGAGGGAUGCUGUCCCUCAUCAACGGCCAGCGGCUGUCCAAGGGCCUGCCUGCGCUCGGCUUCCUCAACCCGCGCCUCUACAAGCUGAAAGGACGCGGCCUGUUUGACGUGACUGAAGGGUGUCACCUGGGCUGCCUGGACGAGAAGGUUCAGGGUAACGGCUUCUGCGCCGCCCCGUUGUGGGACCCGGUCACCGGCUGGGGGACGCCCAACUACCCCGCGCUGCUGGCUGCCCUGCUGUCCCAGUGAACAGAACCGACCCGCCGGAGCCGGGGAGAGAAGCUGCUGCACCCGGAUCAACCCGGUCAGGUUUUUGGUGCCAAAGGCGGGACAGUGGAGAGGCCAUACUUUGGAUUGCUGCUGCUGAUUUCUCCAUUUUUAAUGAAUCAUCAUUCAAGUUUCCUAUUAAUCUGGGUUAAAAUCAGGUUCUUCCAUUUAGAGUUGGAUCCGCCAGGGAAUUAUUUUUAAAGCUUUACUGCUGUUGCUCUUUAUUUGCAAUUCAUGCAUUUUUACUAAACAGUAUUUUCCCAAAUUUGGGGAAAACAUGCAGCUUCUAUUUUUCAGGGAUCCUUUAAAUUUUAUGCAGAAAUUGUAGUUUAUUACUAGAUAAAAUGCACUGGACUCAAAUAUUAUAUCAGAUCAAAGUUCUUAUUUUAUCUUUCUUUAAUUCUAACAAAUGCAUGCAGUUUGUCCUUCAUAUCACUGAGAUAAACAGGAACACUAUUUGUGGCUUAACAGGUUCUUCAAUGUAAUUCUGCUGGCUAUGAGAUAAUAAAAAUGCAGUCAUGUGUGGGUUUGACAGUGACUCAGCAGUUUUACCCACAAUGCACUCUUUGCAAAAUCACAAAUCAAAUAAAUUAAAAUAAAAAUGUGAGGCUUUUUUUUUUUUUAUUGUAUUGUGUCGGAAAAACAUCCAGAAGAAAAAAAUUAAAGAUUUUUUGAUACUUUAAUCAGAAAUGUCUGUUUUUUAAAUUUAUGUUGGAGUUUUGAUGUUUAACUGUUCAAAAAGACAAACAAAUGAAGAGAUUAUGAGAAAAAUGAGAAAACAGAUGAACCUCAAAUAUGAACUGAAUUUUGGUAAUUCAAUUAAAAAAGUUGAUCUUGUAAAUUAUAAUAAAUCAAUGUAGAAAAGAAAAAAUGAGCUCAGUUUCAAUUCAGAUUUUUUUGUUUAGAGACUUUAUAAUCCAUUUUAUUUGUAAUUUUGUGCAGAUUUUGUUUUUGUCAUAGUUUUAGCUUCAUGGGUUUCAUUUAUUGAUUUCUUAUUUUGGUUUUUUAAAAUAUCUUCCAGUGUUCAAUGGGUUUUACAAAAAUAAAGGUUUUAUCUUUCAGAGCAAACUUGCAUUAUUAUACCAUUAUCAAUAUAUAACUUGAAAAUUCUUAAAAUAUUAUUGGACAGUUAAUCCUCCAGGAAAUGUUAAAAUUCAAAUUUUCUGAGGAAAUCCGCUUUGAAUCAAUCUUUUGAAUAAAACUUUAAAUCUUU